UCUCCCUCUCUCUCUCUCUCUCUCCCCCCCCCCCACACCGGGUUGGGUUAUAUACCGACUGCAGUGCAUGUUGGGAAACCGGGGGUUUUGCUGCUUUUUCCUCUCUGGGGGGUCUGGGCUGAGGCUGCAUCUGCAGAGAUGGAUGUCUUUCUAAUGAUCCGACGUCACAAGGCAACUAUCUUCACAGACGCCAAGGAGUCCAGUACAGUGUAUGAGCUGAAAAGAAUUGUGGAGGGGAUUCUCAAGAGGCCUCCAGAAGAACAGAGAUUAUACAAGGAUGAUCAGUUGCUGGAGGAUAGCAAAACUCUUGGAGACUGCGGGUUCACCAGUCAGACAGCACGGCCCCAGGCUCCAGCAACAGUCGGCUUGGCCUUCAGAGCCAGUGGUGAGUGGAGUUGUUGCAUGCUUCUUGAAACCAAAGAAACACAACAUUAUCAUUGAAGAUUCAGACUAAGA